AUGAGAUUUGUUGCCGAAAGACAUCCUGAAGUCCAUCCACAGUAUUGGGAGGUUCUUGAUUUGACUGGACAGCACAAGCCAACAAAGAAAAAGUUUACCUCAAAAUGGAAGGAACUAUUAAAUAAUUUCCAACUAGAUAUAGCAUGGAAAAUGGAUUCAAAGGCACAACAAAAGGUACUAAUAUUGCACGCACACUUGACAAUAUUAAAAGAAUACCUUAGAAAUAUUAAAUUGCCGAUAAAUGAAGGGGAGCUUAUGAUUCACAUUGUUGCCCCUGCUUUUAGAAUGAGUAUUGACCAAAAUCAGGAGAAGUUUCGAAAACUUUGGUAUUUUUUCAAAGUAGCAAAUCAAGAAAGGCGUAGAGUUGACCAAGAUCACAAUGAUGAUUGUGCACGUGUUGUACAAAAAACUGAUUUAAUUGUUACUUUGCCAACAGGACCAACCUUAGAAGGAUUUAUAUGCGAAGUUUCAGGAGGACUUCCAGCAGGAUGCCCAAAAAAAAUAUGGACAGAUAGAUUAAAAAUUAUGGUUGGAAUACGUGUUUCAGGUGAAUUUUCUAAUGCACUUAGUCAAAAGAUACAAUGGUUUAUAAUCUAA